GCGGUGAUAGCGACGGAGCGCUCAGAUAAGACGGGAAAUGCGACACUGAACGCUGGGCGGGAAGGAGAUAACAGCUGACCCAAAACAAUGCUCGAUCUCAACGAAACCGAAACAUUUAAACGUGUCUAUGUGUGAAACAUUUCAUUCGGAUUAUUGCAAAUACUCUUAAACGUAUAGUGGUGUAUUGUUUACAAGUAAUUGUGAACGCAUGUGCAGGAUUAAAAUUUAGGGGCGCAACCUGCUUUAUUUUGUUCGAUCAUUUUAUUUGCGCCAAAUACAAGCUUUUAUGAGCUUCAACAGGUGAACGAGAAAGGGAUGUCAAUAGUCGUAAGUGCGUCUGUUGUAUAUGAAUUAAGAUAUUUGCAGACGACACAGACAUAUUUUACUGUGACAUACGCCACCGAAAUAUCCGCACCUAUUGCAUAAGACACUUCGUUUACUGCAAACAAAGACUGCUUGUGUUUCGGACAGAGCCUGUCGCCGACGUGUGGGACCCAGAGACAACGGCGCCUGUAGCUUGUUAAGACAUCUAGCUGCAAAGUAUUCACACCUGCUGCCUAGACUUUGCAAACGUUACAGCCGCUCCUCUUUUUGUUCACUCCAUCCAUAUCUAAACCAGACCUAAGUUCAUGUGUUAUUCUAUGUGAUAAAUCUACAGCUAGCAAUGAAUCGCACGUCCACCCGCACUGAUAUAGGACUGCAACACUGGGCGGAUAUUCUCAUUGUUGUUCUCUACUUCGUCCUGGUACUGGGCGUAGGAUUUUGGUCACUAUGUCGGCCCAACCGAGGCAGCGUCCGGAGCUACUUCCUGGCUGGACGCAGCAUGCACUGGUGGCCGGUUGGAGCCUCGCUGUUCUCCAGUAACAUUGGAAGCGAACACUUCGUGGGUCUGGCCGGCACCGGGGCAGCGAGUGGCAUAGCGAUAGUCCUCUACGAGUGGAUGUCAAUGCCCCUUGUGCUGCUCUUGGGGUGGCUCUUCCUUCCAGUCUACAUCUCAGCCGGGGUUUACACGUUACCAGAGUACCUUAAGAAGAGGUUUGGAGGCGACAGACUAAGGACCUACCUGAGUGUGCUUUCCAUCAUUCUCUACAUCAUCACCAAACUUGCCGUUUCUAUAUUCGCGGGAGCACUGUUCAUCCAGCUAGCGUUGGGCUGGGACAUGUACGUUGCCAUAGCAGCCUUGCUCCUCGUCACUGCGGUAUACACUCUUCUCGGCGGUCUUGCUGCAGUGAUGUACACGGACACUCUACAGACAGUCAUCAUGACGCUUGGCGCCUGUGCGCUUGUAGGAAUUGGCAUGGCAGAGGUAGGGGGCUAUAACCGACUCCAGCGGCUGUACGCACGCGCAGUGCCUCUAAUCCGGAACGCCAACAGCACGUGCGGCUUGCCGCCAGCGGACGCCUUCAGUCUGCUGCGUGACCCGGUGAAGUCAGAUCAGCCAUGGCCCGGUAUCCUCCUUCAGGCGUCCCUAGGAUGCGUAUGGUACUGGUGCUGCGAUCAGGUGAUAGUUCAGCGCACCCUGGCGGCCAAGAACCUCUCGCACGCGAAGGGCGGCGCUAUUUUAGCGGGCUACCUGAAGAUCGUGCCUCUGUUCAUCAUGAUCUGGCCAGGCAUGAUCAGCAGAGCGCUCUACCCUGACGAAGUUGGGUGUGUAGACCCAGACGAGUGCAACAAGUUCUGCGGGAACCCAGUGGGCUGCUCUAACAUCGCCUACCCCAAGAUCGUCCUGUCCCUCAUGCCGACAGGUUUACGUGGAUUGCUGAUGUCUGUGAUGCUGUCCGCCAUCAUGAGCUCUCUCACCUCCAUCCUCAACUCCGCCAGCACGCUGUUCACCAUGGACCUAUGGAGGAAGAUGCGCGCGCACGCCACCGAACGGGAACUCCUCAUUGUCGGCAGAGUGUUUAUCGCCGCCGUGAGCGGACUGAGCAUCCUGUGGAUCCCGCUGGUGAAGUCCUCCCAGAGUGGCCAGCUCUUUGUCUACAUCCAGGCGGUCCAGGGAUACCUGGGUACGCCCAUAGGCGCCAUCUUCCUCUGGGCCAUACUCUGGCGUCGAAUGAACGAGCAGGGCGCCUUCUGGGGUAUAGUUGCGGGACACACGUGCGGCAUUAUACGGAUGGUUCUCGACUUCGUGUACACGGCUCCUGACUGUGGCGAUCCGGACACCAGGCCACCAGUGGUAGCUAUGGUCCACUACACUUACUUCUGUCAGAUGACGCUUGUCAUCACGUCCGUCGUCAUCGUCGGCGUCAGCUUGUUGACCAAGAAACCCGCCAGAGCACAGAUCGUUGGUAUGACUUGGUGGGACCGCUACCGACCAGAAGACAUCGAGGUUACACAGGCGGAGGAGGUCUCUCUCAAACCCAUAGAUGACUCGAGUAUGUCCCGUGAGGAGGACACCAGCCGGGGAGGCACGUGCCGGAAGUGGGCUGACUUCAUCUGCGGCAUCCCCCGGAAGUCCGAGGAGCACAGUCUAGAGGAACAGGCGGCCCAGAAACGCGCCUUCCUCAAGGAACCCAAAUUCUGGGCUCACAUACUCAACAUCAACGCCGUUAUGGGCCUCGUUGUGGUUGCUUUCCUGAUCGGUUUUUUUCGGUAAACUUCGUCAUAUACGAAGAUACUGAUGUCCUACAGAAUUACCUUCGUGUAGAUGUGUGGCCGUUGGGAAUGAAUGCAGUGUUACUAACGCUUAUAUAACUGUCUACAGCCACGUGUUUACAACGCUUCAUGCGCAUGUAAAGGGAACUGUUCAAAUAUUGGCUCCACAAAACAGGAUUAAUGCGUUUGGUCUACAGACUGGUAUUUAAGAUACUAAUGCUGUUAAAUUUGCACAAUGAAGCAGUAAACAUAUAGAUUUUGUAUAAACCAAGCAUGAACAAUUGUUGUUCUAACAAUCUAUCUACAAUUGUGCCCUUCACAAAUGUAUAACAUUUAAUUGCAUUACCAUCAGCAAUUAGAUAUAGCGCGUGUUAUGUAUGUCAAAGCAACACAAUUUUCAGAAUAAUACAGUUAACACGGUCUGUUUCAAUUUUGAAUACAGUUUGCAUUAGAUAUUUACAAACUAGUCCUGUUUUGUUUCAGUGACAUCGUGUAAUUACCUGUAUAUAAAGACUAACAUAUA